AAACUGAACUAAAUAAAUAUAAGUAAAAAAAAUAUUAAAAAAGAUUUCGCUUCUCAUAACGUUUAUUUUGGCCAGUUAUCAUUUAAGUACCCUCAGCGCACUUAAGGGCACUUAACCGAUAUCUCAUGGAUUAAUCGGUAUAUAAGGAGCGACUAAUCUCAAAAAAUCAUGAUUCGACGUCUAACAUUCCCUUCAACAAUGAUCGUAAUAGUAUUACUGGUUUCGUUAGCGUUAGUACAAGCCGUUCCGGCUCCACUUAGUGAUCACGACUUAUGGCAACGAAGCGGUAAAUUUGAAGGCGACAUGGUGUUGGCGCCCUGGCAAAAAAAUGGAGUUAUUGAUGUCAAGUUAAGAUGGACGAACAGAAACAUACCGUACGAAUUGUCGGACGACUUCGACGAACAGCAAAAGGCGCAAAUUAAUGAAGUACUGGAACGAGAGUUUGCCAAGACUUGCAUCUCAGUGAAACCACGCGUUGGUGAAUCAGAUUAUGUUUACGUUACUGGCGAUAAUUCCGGCUGUUGGUCGCAGGUCGGUAGGUUGGGAGGACGACAGGAGUUGAAUUUGAAAGUAAGGGGGUGUGUUUGGAACCACACAAUCGUUCACGAGUUUUUGCACGCUGCUGGUUUUUAUCACCAGCAAAGUUCCGUAGACAGAGACGACUUUGUUGAUAUAUUUUGGGAAAAUAUUUCAAAAGGACUUGAGCACAAUUUCAACAAGUACAAUGCUGACUUCGUGACGAGUUUCAAUGAAACCUAUGACUACGGCAGCAUCAUGCACUACGCAAAAACAGCAUUUUCGUCGAAUGGUAAACCGACAAUACUACCUAAGGGUGACUCUACUAUUCCCAUUGGAGUAACAAAUGUAAUGAGUGAAAUUGAUAUUCGAAAAGUUAAGAAAAUGUAUGACUGUGUAUGAAAUGUUACAAAAUAAAAAAAAUUAUCUACG